GUAGGCACACGGCGUUUAGUUUUCUUUAUGCAGUGAAACGUUGCUGAUGCUACCCCGAACGUGUAUAAUUCUUUUGCUUUUGUCGCUGCUGUCGGCUGCUGCCUCAGUCGGUGAUGGCACCUCUAGUGUCGCCGGCACUGCGAAGCCUCCACCAGCCGGAGCCGUCAGUAGCUUCCCGGGACAGAAGAGGCGCGCACCUGACAGGAAACUUCCAGCCAGCGCGCAAGGUCAGGGAACGCAGACCCGCCGACCAACACGGAAGCCAGCGAAACAGCGGCCUGCCAGGAGACCGCAGCGCAGACCUGUCCAGCAGGGCAACACGCAGGACACUAACGGCAACCAGGCGGGAGCAGCUGCGUCCGACCCCUGGCAGACUCCUUCCUACCUCGUUUGCUAUCUGUACCCUGCAUCCCCAGUCUACCAGGAUAUCAGUCCAAAUCAACCAUUUGCCGCCACCAGCAACGGAGCUGUGUAUCCGCCUUACAUUGGUUACAAAAUCUCAGCACCGACGAAUGUGGGAAGCGGCGCAUCUGACGAUUCGGUGAAUAAGAUGUUUGUGCCGCAAAUGGGGUACCCUAGCCCACUUUAUCCAUCGAGACUAGUAUGUCCGCUUCACCAAUCUGUGAGCGCGUACAAUACAGUUUCACCACUGCCAGUUGCACAAUAUGUUGACAAUGAUUCAGACGACACGCCGGCUACUAAUGAUCCUAAUAUAUUUGUUGUGGAUACAGAUGCUGGAAUGUUCAAUUAUCCUUACAAUGGGGAAUCCCCAAUGCCCUACGACAAUGUCUACGGACCAUCUGGGCUUGCACCAGAGAAUAUGUACCCAAAUGGUGGCUACGGGGCACCUCAAGCAUUUGGUUACCCACCUCAAUUUCCCUUUCGAGCUAAUUUAUGAUCAAAUAUUUUUUUCAGAUGACCGUCAACAGCAUCAAAAUACUUGGAGCAAUGCAUGAUACACACUAUGCUGUCUUACAGUACAUUUAUCCACAACCAGUUUCGAUCAUGGACCGUCUUCACAGUGGAAAAACAUCUAUUGCGACAACUUCACAUGGCAUACAUGCUAUUUAACCACGGAAGUGUAAGCCGUUGCUGACGUGAAAACGUAAGAAAACUCAUGCUUAACUCCGUCAUACAGGCUUAACCAAGCAGAAAACAUCGUUGAAAACACGGAAACAAUGUAAGAGCAGUAAGUCCACAGUAGGUUGUGCCUGAGGAAUGGCGCUGCCCACUUACUGCUCUUACAUGUUUUGAUGUUUUCAAUGCUGUUUACUGCUUGCUUAAGCCUGUAUUAUGGCAUUAAGUAGCAACUCUUACGUUUUCCAAUCAGCAAUGGCGUAUACAUUCCUGGUUAAACAGCAUGUAUACCAUGUGAAAUUGUCACCGUAGAUAUUUUUCCACUGUGUGUGAUCAAAACCGGUAGUGAAUAAAUGUAUUGUAAGGCAGCACAGUCUGUAUCAUGCAUUUCUCCAAGUAAUUUCUGAUGCUGCACACACUCGUUAUGGAUUAUGGAAAUGUUUAUUACAAAAUAAAAGAACAGAAAAUGUUUUCAUUUAAAAAAUUUACAGUGGCUGUAAAAAAGACCAUUGAUGUGAUUCGUUUUUCGGAACGUUUACACAGAGUAUGUCGUGAGCUGCGUCUGAUUAUUCCGAAAGGCUUAAAAAAAUUUAACUACGCUUAAAUCCCUUCUCAAAAUGAUAGCGACUGUUUCACACAAGUAUAGGAAGUAUAUAUCUUUUUCAUUUAAUGUGCCAUGUAAAAUCCAAUUUGAUGUAAAUAAACUGGGAGAGCAUCGCCGUGCUUUAUUUCUACUCAGCUGCACAGCACUAUACUUCUGUUGGUGAUCAUUCUUAGCUCUUCCAAGCAUCAGCUCUCUUUGUGAUAAACUAACCGCGAAGAACAUUAGGACGGCAAGAAAUUUCUCUAUUGUGAAUUCUUUGAUAAGGGUAUUUGCAAACGCAUAUAUUUCAGAAUCUUUUCGUGGGAAUUCACAUCCUGAAUAUGUUUUAAGAACGAAAACGCUGUUAGCUAAUUUCGACCGUUGGACAUUCUCAAGUGCCUGAAAUACAUCCACAAAAAGUUGACUGGCUUACACAUUACAAUUGUAUGUGUGGUGUCUGUUCUUUCGGGUAUGUUCGAAAGCACAGGGUGCGCAAAGUCGUGAUUCCGCGCCCGUAUGUUUACGUGCUGAAAGACAAAUAACGACGUCGGCCGCAUUAACGUACUGAAAUAAUCCAAUGGCAACAAGUGAUAAUUUGCGUCGCGCUUUAUGCGUGCGAUCGCCUAACACCUUGGCUAUCCGAGUACGUUUCACGUACAACCCAAAUUCCCAACUUGUCACACACUGCUUCUGUAGCGGCCCCCUGGCCAUUUUCCUCAUUCCUCGCAGCAUCACGCAUUUCUGUAGGAGGUACAUCAACACUGAAGAUAUCAUGAAGUACCGUCAAGGCUUCAUUAUAUGUGUGGUACCACUUCUUUCCCUACCUUUCUUCAUAUACAGAAUGACUCAUGGGGGCGUAAAUGUCGAGAAAUAACCCAAAGUGGAUGAGAAACGUUGAACACGUGACGUCACAUCGUCGCAAGUGUAGUGUCUGGGCUUGUCGAUCCUGCCAUAGCCGGUAGGGGGCAGUGCUACAAAGUUCAAACAUCUUUUGAAAAAGUGGCCUUUUGUAAGGGUAGAGUCACAGAAUUGCUAUCCUUCAUGUAACCAAACGAAAGCUGUUCUUAUUUUGUGUUUCUUUCCUUUUCUCCCUUCUUUCCUUAUUUACAAACUUUAUUUAGUACAGAAAACUUCGGUCAUUUACUGGUAACGUCGCAAUUUUGGAAGCUUUACUGAUUUACUUGUGACGCAGUACGGUACGUUAUGUUGUACUGUACUUUACAAUAAACUAGUGGAGACCGCGAAACCGAUAAAUAAAAUAAUGUUACCUCAAUGUAAACGCAUAACCGUCUGACGCAAUGAAAAACAAUACUGCUUGUCCACCGCAGGGCUCGAUCCCUGAACCCGAGCCGCUAAAGUUGCAUAUGUAAGCCCGGAGCCACGCCACGCCGACUUGAAUGCUUGACCUGGUUAGGGAAUAUAUAUAUAUAUAUAUAUAUAUAUAUAUAUAUAUAUAUAUAUAUAUAUAUAUAUAUAUAUGU